AGGGACUGUUUACCCCCGUACGCCUGACAACAGUUGCUAACAACUCGGGCUGCUGCUGGGCUAAUGCCUGUCCUCAGAGGGGACGCUGGACUUCCUCGGUCCUUACUAAAUGCCGCAUUUCCUUUGUAAAAGAAGACCAUUGUAACCAUGCCUCAAGGGAGAUUGACUAAAAGUGCACGUUCACAAAACAGUGAAAUGGAAAUUGAUGGCACAGAACCAGAACUAGCCAAACUUCACAGACAGCUGAGGAUUAUGGAAGGAGAUCGGCAGGCUUACAUCAUCCAGGCCCGGGAACAGAUCCGCAAACAGCAGAAGGAGAUCGAGAAGCUGCUGAGUGAGCGAGACGAGCUGCACCGAAACCUCGGCGCAUGUACAAGCCUUUCCCGCCAGCAGCAGGACGGUGAGGACACUCAGAACCUUCAGGAUCUGCUGAGGCAGAGAGACGAAGUGGACGAGGAGCUGGAGAAAGAAAAGCAGAGUCAAAAUGAGCUGCAGAAAGAGAUCUUGAGCAUAGAGUCAAAGCUGAAGGUGCUGAGAAGAGGAGUUGUCAGUACCAGUGACUCUCAUAGGCUGGAAGUGCGGAGGACUCAGAAGGCGUUGCGUACCUUGGAAUGCAAACUGGACAGGGCCUCCACCCAGUUCAAUGAGCAGCUGACCAAGAACAGCCAGCUCAAAGAGCAGUUGCAGACUCUUCACAUAGAGCGAGCCCGUUUCUACCAACUACACAGCAGGCUCGACGAGGAACUGAAGGAAGUCCGCCAGAAGAUCGGGAAAGUAAUCAGCAUGUCCACUUCUGCUUACGACGCAAGGGUGGAGGCCCAGAGCAAGAUGACCAUGAUGAGGGAGAAGGCCGUGAAGGACCUUGCCCAGUACAACUCUGAGAUGAAAGAACUUGAGAGGGUCAUUGCACAUGAGUUUAGCCUGAAAGAGUUCAUGAGUGCCAAGUGCAGCGAGAGGAGCGGGCAGGACAACGAGCAUGAGAUGGGACAGUUAUCUGAGCCGAAGGACCAGAAGAGGGUGGACUCCAGGGAAGAGUCGCUGGAUGCUCUGGAGGAGGUUUUUGAGAGGAUUCAGACUGUGACAGGGGAGGACAACCUGGAUCUGCUGGUGACCCGAUUCAUCCAGGUCGAGGACCGAAACUUUGCUCUCUUCAAUUUGGUGAAUGAGUUAAACAAGGAGGCGGAGACACUGAAGGAACAAAUCAGCCAAAUUCAAGAUGAAAUGGAGCAGUUUCAGGGUAAAAGCUUGCAGCAGGAACAACAUCACAGCUCUUUGAUGAAAGACAUAGAAGAAGAGCAAAAGGAGGCUGAAUCUAGGGCACAAGAUUAUGAAAAAAAAGCCAACAUCAUAAGCAAAAUCCUGGAUCAGAUCAAAACAGGAGUAAACAGCAUCUUCUCUAAGACGGGCUGUGACCGCUCAGUGAUUGAAGAUAAACUGGGCUCCUCUACGGGGAUCUCUGACAGCAACAUAAUGUCCUAUCUUGCUGUUGUGGAGCAGAAGACCAACGAGCUGCUCACUAUUCAGGCUUUCCUCCUUUCUAAAGAUCUGGAAAAGGACUACAAUCCAAAAGACCUGGCCAAAGUCCUACUGGGCCAGAGAGAUCUUCUUCAACAAACAAUAGGGAUCCAACCUGCUCUCAACAGUAUGCAGCACAUCGCAGAGGAACCUCUUGGUACUGAUGAGGAAGAGCGACCCCUUUCACAAGAGGAACUUCGCAGAAAGAUAAUGAAGGGGGUUAUGCAGAAAGAGAAAUUGGCCCAACGUGUACCAACAAAAGCCUCAAAGAUCAGUCAGCAGCGUGAUGACUGACAGCACACCCUGGAGGAUGCGCCCCUGGGACCCACUGAUAAAAUCGGCUUUGUUGUGUGCAAAUAUUAAAAAUGAUGUUUCAAAACAUGUUCAUGCAUUUAGCAGAGGCUUUUAUCCAAAGCGACUUACAAAGUAGAAUAUAUACCUGUGUAUUUCC